AUGGCCACAGACAGCAGGCUAUCGGUCCCUGACCAGAUUCGCCAGCUCGCUGAUGCUCGUAAGCUCGUCCUCGGCGAUGUUAGUUACUAUGGCCAGGUCAUCCAAGCAACACUUCCAAUUUUUGGCCCUACGGCGCAUGUUGAACUUCGUCGAUGGGGCGCCGAAUUUUUGGCCGAAGCCUUCGCAACGCCCGCAGUACCGCUCAGCCAGAAGGAGACGCUCUCGCUCCUAAUACUCGACACACUCAAGGCUUUGGUUGAGGAUCCGAACCAAGAUGUCUUGGUGUUGCGCAGUGUCAUUCAGACAGCAGCUAGUGUAUAUCCUCUUGCGAUGAGGUGGAUAAUCUCCAAUGCCUACGAUACCAACACGUGGAAGACCAUCACUGCGAUCAAGGCAAGGGUGCUGGGACUGUGGGAGUCAGCUCCCUUGACGUUGCGCAUAUGCUGCAUCAAGUUCGCACAAAGAGUUAUUCUAGCCCAAACACCAAGCAUCAACCCCGAACCCAGACGAGGCGAUCCGCUCGACAUUUCUUUGAACAUGGUCCCACGCGACCAUUCGGUACUCAACGUCAACGCCAUGGAAGCCGAGGCCACUGGGCUUCUCGACCGAAUGCUCAGCGUCUUGCAAGAGAGCAGCGAUGUUCUCACGGUGGAUGCAACCUUGAAUACGUUGUCCAUACUCAUUCGAAUGAGACCCAUGACAUCCAAUAAGAUAUUGAACGCUAUAAUGAGCUUCAAUCCCCUGAAGCUCGCGACUACACCCAUGACACCCAAGACGAAAGUAAUCAUUAGGUCUCUAGAAAAGACGACACGGAUGCUGUGCAUGCAUUUGUCCAGACGGGAUACCAAAGGCGUCUUGGCCCAGCGAAUGCAGCCAUAUCUAGAUCGCCUAUCUCAGGCAAGAGCCGAGCUACUUGAUGGUGCCAGCCGCAAGCGAGCUCUGACAGAGAUGGAUGGAACGGAAGCAAAGCGUCAACGCACGUCGCCCGCGCUUCCCGAUCUCGAGAUUACACCCUUGUCACCGGGAUCCCACUCAUUGGCCGAUGUAUUUACUUUCACCAAGAACGAGGGACUCAGAAAUUUCGAUGUCGCUCUCGUCCCGGCACCAGUAGCCGCCAAGGUCAGCAUCAACACUUUGGCUCGGAUAGACCCCAACCUUCUGGAGAGGGCUAUCAACGGUGUACGAGAUAGGCUGGUAGAGCUACAUAAGGCCGCCGAGAAGCCACUUAAUCCGGAAACCACGGCACUAGACGUCGAAGAUGACGAUGAUUACGAGCCGGAUUAUUACGCGGCCGAGGAUACCGAACAGAUUCUCAACAAACUCGACUCGGAGCCAUCAGUGCAGCGUGGCGAAUUGCAGAAGCCAGUUGUACUAGGAACUUUGGCACUGCCGACAUUCAAGCUGCCACCACCACCACCAUUGGAGCCGGAGCAAGCUGUCAAGGUUGGUCAGGGCACAGUGACUCGGGUCUUUGGCGUCAUGAGCACUCUUGACGACCCCUCAACAAAGAAGACAAAAUCUGGCAUAAACAGAUUGGCUGCCAGCUCGUUCGAUCGCGAGUCUUGGAUCACUAUCAUCACCCGACUAGCCACGCGCGCCUCAGCAGGCCUAGACGAUAUACAUGUCAAGGACGAAGAGAAGUCUCUCGCAACGAGCGGCAUCAGCUUGAGCAAUUCGAUACGCGAAUCACUUUAUGUCUAUGUGCUUGAAGAUUUCCGAAAGCGUAUAGACAUUGCAGUUUCCUGGUUGAGCGAGGAGUGGUAUAAUGAUCAGAUUCAACAAAAAGCAGCAUCGGAAGAUGGGCGGGAUGUACCUGCCCACUACGAUAAGUGGGCAUUGCGUCUAAUUGAGGGAUUCAUUCCCUAUCUUCAUGCCCAGGAUAAGGUGCUCACACGGUUUUUGAGCGAAAUCCCUGGCUUAAACAGGGAUAUUCUUGGCCGUGUCAAGACUUUAUGUCGGGAUCCUAGUACGGUCAACCUCGCAUUGACCAGUCUUCUUUACAUGGUCAUGAUGCGCCCGCCGGUCAGAGAAAUAGCAUUAGAUGCUGUCCAAGACAUUUGGUUGGAAUAUGACGAGGCCCGAGCCAUGGCCGGAAAGUACCUUACGAAAUGGCGUCCUGGGUUUAUAGAACAACAAAAGCAGCUCCAGGCUGCCAAUGGCGCAUAG